AUGUCAGGACCUGGGUUGAUGGACGUCGAGAAGGAGCUCGCAUGUUCAAUAUGCACCGAGCUCCUUUAUCAACCCCUCACUCUCCUUAACUGUCUGCACACAUAUUGCGGAUCAUGCUUGAAAGACUGGUUCUCGGCGCAAGGUUCCCGCCAAGUACCCGCCGGGUCAUCUAGAUUCACCUGUCCAUCCUGCCGCGCUGAAGUGCUCGAUACUCGUCCAAAUGCGACCGUUACCACAUUGGUUGACAUGGUGCUGGCCGCACAGCCAGACCGAGCCAGAUCAGCCGAGGAAAAGGAGGAAAUUGCUGUGCGCUACAAGCCUGGGGACCCAAUAUUUCCCCCGCCGCAGGCCGAGGAGGAUAGCGGAGAUGAAGAGGAUCAAAGAUUACUGGAGGAGAUUCGGGAUCUGAGUCUUCGUGAAAGCCAAACGAGUGCGAGACGGGAGACUCGUCGGGCUGGAGAUUCGAGAAUACGAGGAAGAAGUACUCAACCUGAGAGACCUGCAGAUGAUAGCCGACGACGAAGACGGGAAGGGGACACUGCACAGCGUGACGAAAAUGCGCAGCGUUCUCGGCGAAUCGAGCAUCAGUCGAGCUUGCGAUCCAUACUCAGCUUGUCUUCGGAGGCGGAAACUAUGCAGGAUGAGAUCUUGGAACAGAUCCUUAAACAGAUUAUUGAGGAGGGCCUGUUGGAUGAUAUUAACUUGGAUGAGCUUGGACCUGCUCAGGAGGAGGAACUGAGUGAAUUCAUUGCGGAUGCUUACCGCCGAAGACACAUGCAGCAAUCCAGCUCUCGUGGACAAGGCAGCGACCGUCAGAGACGAUCGCAAUCAGCUCGAAGACCGACUGAGACGACUAUAACCGCCCGUGAGAACACAGGGAGACGACCACCUACGUCAAGACCUCAUCUACUCGAUCUGAAUCAGUCAGCGAGUGGUAGACACGAGCGACGGAAUUCGGAACAAGUCAUUGAACGACGACGAACAUCGCCUGUUCGGGUAAAUCAGGUGUCAAACUCGGAGGAUGAUUUGCGGCUUGCUGUUCGAACAUCCAGUGAUAUCACAACGGGGCGUCCUCGCAGCUCUGGCGCAGCACGGGCUCGAGAGUCAUCCGGGCAUCGACAGCGACGAGCAACGGAAUCGGAACAAAACAUCUCUGCGACGUGGUUGGCUGGAGGGAGAACAACGGGUCAAUCUGCAACCAACUCACCAACACUGCAGGUUCCCAGCCCACCAGAAAGUUCGGCUCUACCGCUCUCAUCUCCACUGAUCCCGCCCAGAUCUGAGAGACGGAGCAGACCCUCGUCCUCGCGAUCGAACGCCCCUUCCUCAAGCCUUCAAUUUAUUGAACCCUCCAUAUCUUGCGACCGCUGCGGAGAAAGGAAUAUCCAAUACGAAUUACAUAAGAAAUGCUUCCAAUGCAAGGAUGGGAAUUACCACAUUUGUCUGAGAUGCUACCGUAAAGGGCAAUGCUGUCCCCAGUGGAAAGGGUUUGGUCCUUCAGCACAAGCAAGCUAUAAGCGAAUGCUAGAAUCUUCAACCCACAAUUCAGCACCAGUUCGUGAGAAUGGCCAUAUUCUCCAGUCUUUCAAAUUUCAGAGACCACCAGAAGCUGCCCAACUGACUGUGAAUGGCGAAAGGCAAACUACUAGUGACAACCCAGCGCGGCGUCUAGAAGCCGGUCUCUUCUGUGACAUUUGCCUUUCCUCGACAAACGAAUGCUAUUGGAAAUGCAAUCAAUGCAACGAGGGUGACUGGGGCUUCUGUAACCGCUGUGUCAAUCAGGGUCGAUGCUGCACACACGCCCUCUUACCGAUUCGACGCAUUUCAGAAAAUUCGGCAUUUACACCAUCCAACGCGGUCGAGCCAGCCAUUGGCACAGUGACUGCCCCAUAUACGGAAUCCUACAAGAUCCUCUCAUUCUCCACAAACUGCGAUAUCUGCACCUACCCAAUCCCGGCCUCAACAACGCGUUUCCACUGUCUGAAAUGCAACGACGGCGACUACGAUGUAUGUACAAACUGCUAUCUCAAACUCGUUGCCACAUCAAAGAUCAGCAAAGAAAAUGGACACCACGGUUGGCGCCGCUGUCUAGCCGGCCAUCGCAUGAUAGUUGUUGGGUUUGAAGACCACGACGAUGGCCAGCGGCGCGUCAUAGUCCGAAAGCUUGUAGGCGGAUGCGCCCUGAAAGACGAGCAUCUGAGUCGCUUCCCAGAUUCCUCUCCGGCUGUAAGCCCGGAAUUAGGCGUUGGCGAGUGGAGCUGGACAGAAGGUCAAGAGCGUCGCAAAAAGACUACUCGUCUCCGAGGCCCCGAGCACGCGCUCUCGGAAGCGAAUGCAGCACCUACUCCUCUUCGCCGCUUCCCACCUGAUGGUGGCGUAGGUCUUACCGUUUAUGCGCGGUGGGCUUGGUAUCCGGAAGGAGAGGCCGCUCGCGAAGAUGAACUGGCUUUUCCGCGCGGAGCAGAUAUAACCGAGGUGGAGAACAUCAAUAACGAUUGGUUCUGGGGUUGCUAUGCUGGUCGCACUGGACUAUUCCCAGGUGCGCAUGUAUCCUUGGUGGUGUCUGAGCCAUGA